ACGCUGACAGACGAAGCGACACGCGCAGCUCCGUUUCUGCGGAUUUCUCCUCCUGCUGAAGAACCUGCAGCUGGACCCGGAGUCCGGACCGAACCGGACCGAACAGAGCCGAGCUGAGCUGAGCCGAGCCGAGCAGAAACAGACAGAGACGGACGGGCCGCUUCACCUCCUCCUGCGGAGCCGGCCGGACUCUUCCUCCCGGAUGAUGUGACCGAGGAUCAGUGAUGCAGUGUUUGUGUGACGUCUGCAGGAGCUCGAACCUGUGAAGUGCAUCCAACAUGGCCGCUGUGUGUGGAGCUUCAUUAACAGUGUGUCUGUGUGUCCUACUGCUGCCUGCUGUCGCCGAUCUACAGUCGGAGGUCAGAGAGUGCGCCUUCACCGACCAGCUAAAGGGGGCGGAGCCUCACAGCGGGCCUAGCAAUGAGCUGCGAGGAGUGGUGCGAGAAAACGGCACCGUACGCUGCAUCCGCGGCUCCCGCUGCUAUGGAUUGUGGGAAAAGAGACCAGACGGGGAAAUACAUCUGGUCAAGCAAGGUUGCUGGACUCACAUUGGUAACCAGCAAGAGUGUCAUAGCGAGCGUUGCUUGGUAACAGCGACGCCCUCUCAGAUCCAGAAUGCCAGCUACCGCUUCUGCUGCUGCAGCCGAGACCUUUGCAAUGCCAACUUCAGCGAGGCCCCGCCCACCGCCGACACCCCCGCACUGAGGCUGAUGAAGACAGACAGGCGGGGCGACACGCAGACAGGUCACCAGCCGCUGCGGCGGGAGGAGAUGGCACUCAUUGCCCUGGUAACCGUUGCCAUAGCAGCCAUCGUCAUCGUGGCGUUGUUCCUGGGAUACCGCAUGAUGAAAGGCAAGCAGAAACACAGUCUGUGGGCUCUGGAUGUGAUGGAGGCUGCAAACACAAACACUCCUGUCGACCUGGAUCAUCUGAAACUACUGGAGCUGAUUGGCCGGGGUCAUUACGGCAUGGUGUUUCGGGGCAGUCUGAACGAGCGCUGCGUGGCUGUCAAACUCUUCAGCUCGGCCAACCGGCAGAACUACGCCAACGAGUGCUCCAUCUACUGCCUGCCGCUGCUGCAGCAGCACGACAACAUCGCCUGCUUUCUGACCGCCGAUGAGAGGACGGCGGCCGACGGGCGAGCAGAGUUCCUCAUCCUAAUGGAGUUUUACCCUCACGGCUGUCUGUCUCGCUACCUGUCUCACCACACAGUGGACUGGUCUACCUGCUGCAGGAUGACUCACGGUGUCACCAGAGGACUCGCCUUCCUGCAUACUGAACUCUACAGAGGAGAACAGUACAAACCAGCGGUGGCCCACAGAGACGUGACCAGCAGGAAUGUUCUGGUCCGGGCCGAUCUGUCCUGUGUCCUCGCCGACUUCGGUCUGUCCAUGCAGCUGAUGGGGGGCCGCCCCUGCUGCCAUAGAGACAACGACACCAUGGCAAUCUCUGAGGUGGGCACGGUCCGGUACAUGGCUCCGGAGGUUCUGGGUGGAGCUCUGAACCUGCGGGACUGUGAGUCGGCACUGAAGCAGGUGGAUGUUUACGCUCUCGGGCUGCUGUACUGGGAGAGUUUCAGGAGGUGCUGUCACCUGUUCCCAGGUGAAGCAGUACCGGAGUACCAGUUGGCAUUUCAGGCCGAGCUCGGGAAUCAUCCGAGCUUCGAAGAGAUGCAGAACCUCGUUGCCAGAGAGAAGUUCAGACCCAGAUUUCCUGAAGCCUGGAAGGAGAACAGCCUGACGUUGCGCUCCCUGAAGGAGACGAUGGAGGACUGCUGGGAUCAAGAUGCUGAAGCUCGACUCACCGCUCAGUGUGCAGAGGAGAGACUGUGUGAACUCACACUGAGUACACACACACUGUUACACAACCACAGGAAUCUCUCUCAGGGCCGCUGGCGAGCUCUGUUUGGCUCCGCCUCCUCCUACAUCGAGGACCUGCAGGUGGGCGUGGUUAAAAAUCUCCAGGGAGACGCAGCGACCGUCGUCAGGACGACCGCGAGUGGAGCGGAAGCUGCUGACAGGAGCAGAAACUCCAUCAACUACGAGCGUCAACAGAGUCGAUCAGACAGCAUGUCGACCAGCAGCGCCCCGACAGCUGGGGGCGCUGUGUCCAGAGUCCCAGCCUGCCCGCUGACAGAAGAGGACCUGGAGGCCAACAAGCUCGACCCCAGAGAGGUAGAGAAGAACUUGAGGGAAAGUUCUGAUGAAAACGUAAUGGAGCAUUCGCAGAAACAGUUUGGAUCAACAGAGCAACCAGCUACCGACCUGCUGUACCAUCAGAUACUGCAAACCGCUGAGGCGAACAACUCGAUGUUGGCUCUUCAGGGUGAACUGGGUGGUGUUGGUUCCUCCGCCUCCAUGCACCCCCUUCUGAAACAGCAGAACCUGCCCCAGAGGCCCUCUAGUCUCCACAUUCUCCCCAAGACCAAGGACACCACCUCAGCCUCAUCCUCUCGACUAAAGCUGGUGGAAACAGGUGUUGCUAAGAUGAAUACGGUAAUAGUUACCACAGCUGCAGAACCCCACCAGGUAACCACGGUGAUGAACAACACCAGCACGAGAGGCAGCGUCCCAACUGGGAGCCGAGUACACUCGAAAAUGGUGGUCACCAACGGUUACAGUGCGGGUGUCCCCAUCCUGGUGACGAACGGUAUGAUAGGUAGAGGUCGAACCAAUCGGGCAGGGCCGCAGCUGGAGGAUGAGGAAGACAAGGCGAUCGGAGGAGAGGAGAACCGUGUGAAUCUGCUGAACUCCAGUCCUGAUGAACAUGAGCCGCUGCUGAGAAGAGAACAGCUGCCCGCUGAGAGCGAACCCCUCCCUCAUCUGCAUCAUCAGCUGUCCCGAGCCGCAAACACCCUGUUGGGACAAGGCUCAAACUCUAACAACAACAACAACGGGAUGAAGAUCCAGGGUUUAGAGAUUGGUCAGGGUCGGGGUAUCAACAGUCCUAAACCUGACCCACAUUUGGACAGUCAGCAGAGUCGAUCCCCUACUGCCCCAACUUCAAAUCUAGAAAAUAAAAUUCCGCUUUCUGAUCCAGCUGCUACUGACCAUGACCUGACACCACAGAUACAAACAGAUUCAAGUCCAUGUUUUCAGAGAGCCCUUUGUGCACAACAUGUAUUGACCUCUGGCUCUACCAGGAGCCCAAAGGUUCAUCAGGUCCCAGGCUGCAGAGAUCCAGAUUCUGGCGUAGCUAAAUGGUCAGUAAAAGCUCUAGUGCAAGUUGCAGCGGCUCCAGGAGAUCUGGACACCCAAACCUCAUCUCCAAAAGUCCAAGUUUUAGAUGCCCUAACCCUUGCUCCUGUAAUUCAAGUCUUAAAAGCUCAAGUCUCAGAUCCAGAAGCUCCAGUCGUGACUCCAAAUGCUUCACCUUUAGAGGGUCCAGGCUCAGCAAAUCCGGCUCCAGAACCUUCAUCUUUAGAAUCUCAAAAUUUUGAAAUCACAGCUCUUGCAGAAGUUUCAGGUCGGCUGCAGCUCCAGAAGGGCCUGGCCAAAGCCAAGAGGUGUGAGCGUCCUUGUUCCCUGGACCUGUCCUCAUCCUGCAUCUUCUCAGAUGACGUUUCUCUGACCGAUACUGGCAGUCUGAGCGCUUCAGGAGAGAAAAUAAAACGUCGUGUCAAGACUCCAUACACCCUGAAAAAAUGGCGUCCAGCCUCAUGGGUUGUUUCCACGGACACAGCUCUUGACUUUGAGUUUAACAGCAGCCAGACGGAUUCCUCUCAUCGAGCAGGAAGCAUCCCCAAAAUCUAUCAGUCAAAAUCCAGCAUGGCGGUCUUUUUGGUUGGAGGCGGAGCCACGGCGACCACAACCUCCGAGCCUGACGGAGUGACCUGCUUCUAAAGUUAAAGUGAUUGGCUCCUGUUAGUGUAGGGGGGGGGUGAUUCGCUCCCAUUGCCAGCUGUUUACAUGGCUAAUGAAAAUAUUCUCGUUUACAUGCAGCCGUGUAUAAUCCAAGUAAUGUAAAUAAUCGUGGCCAAAACAAUUCACAAUAACAAUAUUAUUGCAAUAUCUAUAGAAAGUUUAAAAAAUAAAUAAAUAAACAUCAGUCAAAUUCUUUGGUUAUUGUGCCUUUAAUACCUGUACAAAAUAUGUGUGUCAUUAACAUGAUAUCAAUAUUUAAUUUUAUUGUUAUCAUUCAGAAUAUCCAAACAGAUGUUUACAUGACCCGUACCAGACUAAUGGUGGGAUAUUAUUGUGCAUGGAAAGGCCUUCACACAGCGAUGAAUAAAAAACACAAAAAUGCAAAAUACUCGCCUGAGAAUUUUAUAUGUGCAAGGCUUUUAUUGUGAAAGUUUGUGAAAGUUUGCAUUCGGGACUGUGUGUUGUUUUAUAUACCUUCAGUUCAGGAGUCACGUUUUUAAAGCUCUUUAAACAAAGUUAUUUAGGGAACUUACAAACUAUAUAAGGUGAAAUUACAUUAACUAUGCAUCGACAACAUUACUGUUGGGGGGGCUUUAUUCUUCUAAUUUGCACUUUUAUGAAGUAGUUUCAACUCUGGUCUGCUGCAACCGCCAUGUUGGAAGAGAGGAAGUGGAAAGAAAAAGAAAUGAGGCUUUGUGAAGCUUCGCAACGCUCACUUGUUUUUAUUUUAAGAAGUAUUUAAAUAUGAGGUUUGUCACCCGUCGAGUUUAUUCUGUGGUGAAAAGUUUCCGAUGCUUCAUAUUAAACGCUGAAAGUGUGUGAGAAGAAACUUAUAGUAUAUUGUGAAUUAAAGAGGCUCUCGUCCGGACCUUCGUGUAUACAAUGGCGUAUCAGCGCCGUGGGUUAAAAUCUAAAAAUGAUGGAGUCACAUUGAUCAUAUACAGCGGGUUAAAUAAGUAUCGAACACAUCACCAUUUUUCUCAGUAAAUAU